GGUAUUAGAUAACAAAUUAAGGGAGGUUUUAAAAGCUGCUUUGCCAAUAUCAACUGCAUCUCCAUUUAGACUGCUAUUAUGGAUAUCGGCGAGGAGCUCUUGCACUUUCUUUUUCCGGAGGUUUUGGUUUGCAUCAAGUAUUUGAUUAGCAAAAAUGAGGGGACUGGACAGAUGGAACAAAGGAGGGACUUCUUGCAACUUCUCUUGGAGUUAGGGGAACAAGAUGGUGCUGCAACAUCAAUUAGCAUUAGGCAAGUGAAGGCCAUGAUUGCGGACAUAUUGGUGGGUGGAACUGAUACCACAUCAACCAUGGUGGAAUGGGUGAUGGCAGAGCUGAUGCAGCGUCUAGAGGCAAUGAGGAAAGUCAAUGAAGAGUUAACAGAAUUUGUGAGUUUGGAUAGCUUAGUUGAAGAAUCCCAUUUGCCCAAAUUACACUAUUUAGAUACUGUCAUUAAAGACACGUUCCGCUUGCACCCCGCGCUUCCCUUCCUGGUGCCUCGUUGUCCAAGCCAGUCUAGCACUGUUGGUGGGUACUACAUACCCAAAGGUUGUAUGGUUUGGUUAAAUGUUUGGGUGAUACAUAGGGACCCAAAGAUUUGGGAGAAUCCAUUGGAAUUUCAACCAGAAAGGUUCCUAAAUGAGUCUAGCAAUUUGGAUUAUUCUGGCAACAAUUUUAAUUAUAUUCCAUUUGGAUCUGGGAGAAGAAUAUGUGCAAGGUUUCCAUUAGCAGAAAAAUCUCUGAUGUACAUCUUAGCUUCGCUCUUGCAUUCAUUUGAGUGGAAAUUGCCACAUGGUACAGAGUUGGAAUUUUCUGACAAUUUUGGUAUUGUUACCAAAAAAUUGAACCCAACAGUUGCUGUUCCAACACCAGGGUUAUCCAACUUUGAGCUCUACACAAAAUAA